GCAAAGGCAAAGGCCCCCACCUUUAUUUAAACAAGAACACCCUGCGACUCUCACACGCUUUGGCCCUUCAGAUUCCUUUUGAGCUCGAGCUCUCUCUUCUUCUUCUCCUCCUCCUCCCUUUGGCUUUGGCUUUGGCUUUGCUCUCUUUGCUGUUCUAAGCAGGAAAAAUGAUUAAGCUAUUUAAAGUGAAGGAAAAGCAGAGGGAGCUUGCUGAAAAUGCCAAUGGAAAGACACUGGUUAAGAAGCAAAGCGCAGGAGAAUUACGGCUUCAUAGAGAUAUUAGUGAGCUGAACCUACAGAAAACAUGUACCAUAGCAUUCCCCAAUGGUAAGGACGAUUUAAUGAACUUUGAGGUUACCGUCCGGCCUGAUGAAGGAUACUAUCUAGGCGGUACAUUUAUGUUCACAUUUCAAGUUUCUCCCAUGUAUCCUCAUGAGGCGCCAAAGGUCAAGUGCAAGACAAAGGUCUAUCAUCCUAAUAUUGACUUGGAAGGAAACGUCUGCCUCAACAUUCUAAGAGAAGACUGGAAACCUGUUUUGAAUAUCAAUACUAUAAUAUAUGGACUCUUUCAUCUUUUUACGCAACCCAAUUAUGAAGAUCCCCUUAAUCAUGAUGCAGCUGCUGUCCUAAGGGAUAACCCCAAGAUGUUUGAGUCCAAUGUGAGAAGAGCUAUGUCUGGUGGGUAUGUGGGGCAGACCUUAUUCCCGCGGUGCAUGUAGAAGCUGCUUUUGUUUAUACACCAGAUUCAUCCUUAAAGGUAUGUGGGAUUGUACAUUUGGUCGUCAAAGCUUCUCUCUCUUCUGGUGUACUGGAACGUGAAUUCUUCUAAUCAGGCAAGGCUUAAGUACGCUUAUGAAACCUGGUGGUGUUACUUUGUGAAAUGUUUAAGAUAUUGGCUGGAAAAACAUGGUAUAUUCUCAUAAGUUUGAUGUGGAUUAUUGCAGAAUUCUAGAAUGGAGGCUUCAAUUGUGUAUUUAUUUUCUAAAUUAAAAUGGGAAAGAACAUGCUUUUUCCUACUUUUUUUUUAUCCAAUUUGUAUCCAGCUGCAACUUAAAAUAUUUGUUCAAAAAUGCUAGACAUUAAUCUUAUCUUCUACUGAAUCUAUUUUGUUUCAUUUUACAUAA